UUCGCCAAUUACAGCUGGUAUAAUGUUCACGAUCUUGUUGGGUUUUAUUUCAUUUUUAUUUUUAUUACACUAUUAUAUAAAAUAUCGAAGAAUAGGAAGAAUGCUUCAAGAUGUCCCAGGACCAAAAGCAUAUCCCAUAAUAGGAAAUAUUUUAAGAUUCCAAUUUGGCAAUUUAGAAAAAACUUUUGGAAAACUUUUGGAAGCCGAUAAAGAAUAUUACCCAAUCUAUAAAAUAUGGUCCUUCUUUUUUACCUCUGUAACUGUACUUGAUCCGAAGGAUAUCGAGAAACUAGUCAAGAGUAGCAAAAAUAUAGAAAAAAGUACAGCUUAUAAUUAUAUAAAACCUUGGCUAUCUAAUGGAUUGGUAACUAGCAAUGGUGACACGUGGCAACGACGACGAAAAAUUUUGACGCCUUCCUUUCACUUUAAUAUUCUGAAACAUUUUAUUAUAACUUUUAACGAGGAGGCAAAAUGUCUUGUAACAUCAUUGAAAGAGGAAACCAAAGAUGGGCCAAUUAUAAAAGAUUCGUUGCAGCUUGCAAACAAGCACACUUUAAACGCUAUAUGCGAAACGGCCAUGGGUAUCCCUUUAAAGGGAAAAGAAGAGUUACAAAUUAAAUACCGCGAAGCUGUUCACAAUUUCAGCAAAAUUGUAUCGUACAGAAUUUUGAGACCUUGGUACCAUUCAAAUUUCAUAUUUUCAUUUUCAUCGCUUGGCAGAAAACAAAAAAAGCUUUUGAAAACAUUGCACGAUUUUUCAUCAAAUAUAAUCAUGGAAAGGAAACGUUUUCAUCAACAAACUAACGGGAAAUACUUACAAAAUUUGGAAGAAAUGGAUGAAAACGACGUACUUGCUGAAAAAUUCAACAAUACUAAUAAGAAUUCAAUGUCCAAGAAAAAACUUGCUAUGUUAGAUCUACUCAUAGCCGCUUCGAAAGAUAAUCAAAUCAAUGACGAAGGAAUUCAAGAAGAGGUCGAUACUUUCAUGUUUGCUGGUCACGACACUACGGCAACAUCAUUACAUUUCUGUUUGCUUCUUUUUGCAAAACACAAAUCUGUACAGGAAAGUAUAAGAAACGAAGUGAACAGUAUCAUGCAACAAAAUAAUUGUAAUUUGACGAUCUCGAUGCUUGGUCAAUUUUCAUAUAUGGAAAGAUGCAUAAAAGAAUCACUGCGUUUGUAUCCUAGCGUUCCUUCUAUAUCACGUUAUUUAUUAGAGGACUUGCAAUUGGAGAAUCAUUUAAUCCCAGCCGGUGUGGAUUGUCGCUUAAGCAUUUACAGUAUACACAAGGAUCCAAACUAUUGGCCAAAUCCAACGAUUUUUGAUCCUGAUAGAUUUUUACCAGAAAACAUAAAGAAUCGUAAUCCUUAUUCGUACAUACCGUUUAGUGCAGGAUUACGAAACUGUAUUGGUCAAAAAUACGCUCUCCUCGAAAUUAAAGUAAUGUUAGCCUACAUAUUGCAUCACUUUCGAUUAGAACCAGUGGACGAAUUGGAUGAUGCUAAAUUCAUGGGAGAUAUGAUUUUGACUUCUACCAAACCGCUUCAUGUCAAAUUUAUACCUAUAAAAUGAUGAUGAUUAAAUCUAUUUUUAUAUUAUAUUUUUCUUGAAAAAUGGAAUAAAUAACAAAUAUAAGGGGAUAUAUUAUCUAUAAUUUUUGUACAUCGGUAGACAA